AUGGGUCAUCAAUCUGCAUCCUCCGGUUCUAAUGUUAGCCCCUAUCAGCACAUAGGUCAUGAGGUCACGUUUGAUUGGAGAGAUUAUGUCUCUUUCGACCAUGGAUUUAAUGACAACGGCACCCCCAUUCCGGAGACUGCGUCUGCAGAUGAAGUUCGCCGUGAGGCUUCUGCAAGAUCAGACAGAAUCUGGGUAAACUUCGAGACCCUGCACAGAAUUGUCCAGCGGCAUGAGGCCAAACUCCGGAAACGAUGGCACAAGAAGAACACAGCACAGAGGUUGGCAAUCCUUCUAGAUGCCUGGCCUGAUAUGCCGGAAGUCCAUCGUCCUGACUUCGCCGCUUUCCGAGAGAUGACAGACGAGAGUCGUGACAGUAGCCUCCGCCACAGAAGCUGUUUCGUGUGGCCGUAUAUCAACCAAGAGGACCUUCGGAGCGAGAAAGCACUGCCGCUUCUUUUGAACUCCAGAGGCCGUCACCUACCAUCUCAGUUUGCGGCCGCUGACUACGAAGCUAUGCGCCUCGGACUGGUCGUCCAUGGAUUCGAAGCGAUUCAUGUGAACAGACAUAUCAUGGUCUUGAAUGGAAUGACCGAAAACUCUCGAGACUAUGGUAAGCUUAUGUGCUGGGAUGAUCACCCUGAUGCCUUCUCCUGGUUCCUUUCGCAUAAACAAUUUAUGCCAGGAGAAGGUUUACUGGUGCUGGAGGCACAAGAUCGGCUUCUGGAUUUUCUCGUGAAGUGCUCUCUACGGAUACUGCAUGACAUCUCAAAGUCCGCAAUGAUCAGCGACGCUUUCCCAAUUCUUCCAGAACCGCCAUUCCAGGCGGAAAGUGAGAUCACCGGUUUUGAGUCCCUGAGUGUGAUGGCUGCAGAAGCCCCGUAUCGCCUCCCUGCAAAACUCAACAUACCUCGCAUUGAGUCACUUCUCAGAGCAAGAGCAUCAGCUGCAGAGGACCACCUUUGGGCGUUGCGGGAGGAUCCUGAAUAUUUCUCCAGCACGCUGGUUGACGCAAAAGAGCAUCGCCCGGAGAUGUUGAAGGACGUUAAGGGCAACAAACAUCCACUGAUCAGGGAUGACCCUCAAGAGCUCCUCUGGAAGCGCAUCAUAAGCUCCGUGGUGCGUGACGCAUAUAUGAUGGUGGAGACAUUUUCUGAACUCACCAGACUAGCCGGAGAGUUGGUCACGCUGCAUCAGAAAUAUGCUAGCUGUAUAAACCCCGCAGAAGAUUUGCCGGAGGAGUACCUUAUGGGUAUAUUGCGACUCGUUUCCUAUGGGCUCCAGGCAAUUAACAAGAGGUUAUCGAAGCUCAAGAUGGAUACCGGCGGCUCGCCCCCCUUGCGAAGGCUAUUCAUUCGCGAGCCACCACCCGAGGAAGACCCCCACGGUAUGAUGGUGCUGUUAAAACCAGAUCCCAAGAUGGACUACGUGGAGAAGCAAUUGGUUUGGCUUCUUGGUAGGUUAGGGGAAAACGGCAGCCAGCUGGCUGUUGCUGGUAUGCAUGUGAUCGUGGACGAACUAGAGCGACUGCUUCAAUCAGAACCUCGAGCGCGAAAGCUGUUAUCUCCGCAUGUUGCUAGCGUGGUUGGUGAUAUUUCCAUCCUCUCCCAGUGCAUGAGUGAGUUAUUGCAUUACUUUCCAUGGGCGCGAAGUUGGAAUGUCGAGCUUGAACAUCGAGAAACGGCUUUGUUGGCUGAGUUUGCGGAGCGAGCAAAGCCAUGGGACCUGAUCCUGAAAGCCCUUUGGGAGGAAACUAUCUCGACAGAAGUUGUUGGUCUAGCCAAGCCUUCAGAUGGCAAGUUCGCGUAUCCUGUUUGCAGGCCUCGUACCAAAGAGACGGUGGAGGCGCUGCGAAGAGCCGAGGGGCAUCUGGACGCUUUCUGGACCGCUAUUGAUGAGAUGACAGCUGCAGAAACUGACAACUUUAGUGGAUCUUUAGUAGUACGGAGACUCCUUGCCGAGCCGCGCAUAUUGCAGCGUACUCUUGAAUGGACCGAACCAGAAAACGUCUACCCUACAGUGUCUCUGCCGAACCCACUCGAGACAGAGACCCCACUCGAGAGAACUGAUAGCUACACUUCAUAUCAACCAAUUUCUGCUGUUUGCUCGGGGCUUUCGGCGAGGUCACUCGAUAUCGCCCAGCCAAAGUCCAAGGUCAAAACCCGCGGAGUACCACGGCCACCUAGCUCGGAACCCGAAGAACCGGAGCGGCCCUAUGUUGCAGAUCACCAGCCUACUUUCACGGUGGAUGCGCGUACGCUCGAAGUGUUUCAGGCAGUAUUUUUUAACGCUGAUAUAACGUCCACACCGGGUCAAGUCCCAUGGGGUGACUUUCUACAUGCGAUGAAAUCGGUGGGAUUCACAGUAAUAAAACUCUAUGGCUGUGUUUGGCAGUUCCAACCAACCAAUCUCGAUGUUGAAAGGAACAUCCUAUUCCACGAACCGCAUCCUAGCGGAAAGCUGCCUUUCAGGGUUGCCCGUCGGUAUGGCCGUAGGCUCAACAGAGCAUACGGUUGGGUUGGCGAGAUGUUUGUCUUGAGCAAGAAGUGA